CAGUGCAAAAUUGGACAAAAAUAUGGAAGAUGACAACUAACAAAAAUGGUCCAACCCGAUUCAUCGACAUGUUUCUCAUGCAAACCUUCAAUCCUUAAUUCUCAAACAAGUGUCCUCUUUUUCUACGUGUCCUCUUCACUCUUCCCCUUAAAACCCACAAACCCUUUUCUCCCCACCAAAAUUCCCAAUUUAAUUUCUUCUUCUCCUUCAAUUUCCAUGGCGGAAUCUCACCAGCAACAACCCCAAAUUCCAAAUCAGCCUAGUUAUGACUCACCCACAACCCAUCCUUUCCGAGCCAUCCUUCCCCAAAAGCACCUUUCAUCUUCCCAUCUUUUGGCAUUUCUUACUCUCUUCCCCAUCGCCGCCGCCCUCCUUUUCCUUGCCGGAAUCUCCUUCAUCGGAACCGUCGUCACCUUGGCUAUCACUUCUCCUCUGUUUCUCAUUUUCAGCCCUGUUUUGGUCCCUGCUGCCGUCGUCAUCGCCUUCGCCGUCGCGGGGUUUCUGACGUCGGGGGCUUUUGGGGUUACGGCCUUAUCGUCGCUCUCAUGGAUGGCUAACUACUUGCGUAGAUCGCGAGUUCCUCUUAACCUGGAUCAGGCUAAGCAAUGGGUUCGUGAAACAGCAGCCCAAGCGGCCCAAAGGACUAAAGAGGCCGGCCAGGCUAUUCAGAGCAAGGCCCAAGAUGGUGGGAAGACUGAUAAAGUUGAAGUCGGCCCAGCCCAGGACGGGGGGAAGAUUGAGGAUGUGAGCCCGGCUCAGAGUGGAGAGAAGUCCGAGGAAAUUGGCCCGGCCCAGGAAGGAGGAACGGCCCAAGCGCAAGGUACUGCAAAAGAGGAUACGGCCCAAGAACCGGUUGAGGCCCAAGAAAGUGGGAAAGCCCAAGAAGGGGUUAAAGCCCAAGAAAGUGGGAAGGCCCAAGAAAGCGGGAAGGCCCAAGAAGGGGUGAAGGCCCAAGGAGGAAAGGCCCGAGGAGGAGGAAAGACAUGACGAAGGUAGCCCAAUGAACAACCGAUGGCCCAAGUCUUUCGUACUUUAUAUGUAAAUAAUUUAAUAAUUUUGGAAUUUUGAGUAUUUCAAGCAGAGAGGAUGUACGUGUCACGUGUGCGUUUAAUUUCCUCAAAUUAAGAAAAAAAUAAGAAAAAAGGAAAAAAAAGAGGGAAUGUAAGAAUAUUGUGGGAGUAUGAUUCCUUUUGCUACAUGUUGUGUUUCUCGCAGAAAUAGUAGGAGUAUUAUUUUUUCCCA